AUGGAGGAAAUUGGACGGGUUGUGGGGAGAGAGCUAGAGCAACUGCAGCCGGGAUGCGUGUUCACGAUCGACGGAGGAGGUUGGCGCGGAAAGCUGAUGAGCAACGACGUGGAUAUCGUGUUCACGCACCCCGAGGUCGAGAAGGUCAAGGGCCUUUGCGGACGGUUCGUAAAUCCUUUAUAUGAGCGAGGACUGGACUCACAUCCUGACAUUUCCAUAAACUUGUCUGGGUUCCAUGCCCAUAAACCGUUGCGUACCACGCACAGGGAUUCCCUGGAGAAGGCGUUGACGGUCUUCAUGCUGCCAGAAGACUCGCCCUUCGCCAGGGACUUUCCGCAGGGGAAAGGUGGGGAGGUGAAGAGGCGCGCUUUGCGGAGGAGGCUAGAUUUGAUCUUUGCGAUGCUGGAGCUCAUAUUAAGUAGGACGGGGUCGAUAAUGUUCCAGCGGGAUUUGAGGCAGUGGGCGACGGAUAAGAAGGGUUACAAGUUUGAUAGCUCUGGCAUAACCCGACGCAGGGAUUCGAAGCAGCUGUCCCCGAAGGCGGAGAAAGAUGUGAUUGAUUAUAAUCUGUUCGAGCUCGAGUGGGUGGACCCGACUUGGAGGAAUGCGGAUGUGUGA